GACACAUUUUUCAUGGAAAGGAGUUUUAUUGAAGACCGGUGUUUCUACAUAUCUUAAAAUGGCUUACAGAAGAGACCAGCGUGAAACGUGGAAUGGUCCCCAGUAUUUCAAUGAGAGAAAUCAACAGCGCUUCCCACAAGCAAGAGAGGGGUCCUAUCAACGAAUAGUAAACGUCGUCCCACGGAAUCCUAUGUUUGAUAGACCAGAAGAAAAUUACAGAGAAUUCAUGUAUGAGGAGAAUUCCAGAAACUUUCCUGGUGAUAACUAUGGAAAUGAUCAGAGGAAUGGCCCCCCUCAGAGAUGGGAAGAACAGGAUCGAUGGCAGAAAGAGCAGUGUCGUGGAGGAAGACAAGCAGAGUUCAGGGAAGACCGGGAACAGUUUAGAAGGAAAAGCUUUUUUCCACCUCACGUAAGAGACCGUUCACCUAAUAGAAAAGGUCCUGCUUACUACAGAAAUUCCCCUGGAGGACGGCGGGGUUCUCCACAUAGUCGCUCUGGAUCUAGUGUUAGCAACAAGAGCUUCUCUCCAGACAAGAACAAGCCCAGUUCCUAUCAGGCUCAGCACAACAAGAGCAAAGAAAGGCCAUCAACCCAUUCCUUAAACACUUCAAGAGAUGCUUCUCCACUGAGUUCUACAUCUCUGCCGACUUCAAAGAUAAGCUUGGAUAAAAGCAGCAGACCACCAGAGUGUCAGACUACAGAAGCAUUAAGCGAGCGGCCUGAUGACAUAUUGGAGAAAUCUAAUGAACAAGAUUUAUCUGACACUCAGAAGGAAUAUGAUGAAAAAAUAAUCUUUGAAGAUGAACCAGAGGAGCCACAUACAAGUAAAGACAGCAGAGUUCUUGAUGAUGACUUUCUGGAUCGACGAUCUCAAGCAAUUGCAGAAAAAGCAAAAGAAAUUGAAGAGGUUUAUAGACAAGACUGUGAGACGUUUGGGAUGGUUGUGAAGAUGCUGGUUAAUAAAGAUCCAACUCUGGAGAAACAUGUGCAGUUAUCUUUGAGAGAGAACCUGCGUGAGAUCGGUGAAAGGUGCAUUGAAGAAAUUAAGAAUUUUAUUUCAGAAUAUGAUAAUGCUCCUGCCCAACCAGAAUGAAUAGACAACAAUAUCUGAUAUGUUUUUAUAUAAUUUGACUGUUGCAUUACUAUUAGAACUAAUGUGUUAUUCAGGUAACAUACAGACGAUGUACUCAUGUGACAAUUUUGUUGUUUAUUUUUUUGGGGGGGU